AUGAAAGUCGCAAUUUUAGGAGCUCAUGGCCGAGUCGGUCAGAUUCUUUGUAAGUUGCUGAAAAAGUCUCGCGGCUUCGAGCCCUUGGCAAUUGUUCGUGAACUGGACCAAAAAGCUUACUUUGAACAGGAGCUUGGUGUAGACGCUGAUGUGAUAGACAUUGAAAACAGUUCCGUGGACCAGAUUGGCGCUGUUCUGAAGGAUUGCGAUGCCGUAGUCUGGACCGCCGGUGCAGGUGGCAAGGGUAUCGAGAGAAUAUUCACAGUAGAUUUGGACGGUUCGAUGAAGACGAUCGAAGCUUGUCAGAAAUUUCAAGUCGACAGGUUUGUCAUGAUUUCGGCCAUCAAUGCCGAAAACCGUGAAGCGUGGUGGCCCACUGCUUUACGCAAUUAUUACAUAGCUAAAAGGACUGCAGAUUACGUGCUUCGUACCUCGGGGCUACAGUACACAAUUCUUCAACCGGGCUCCUUGUCUUCCGAGAGCGGAACAGGCCAGUUGUGUCCCUUAGACGCCAUAAAAGACAAGAAAGCCAAUCACUACUCUAUUGAAAGAGAGGACGUAGCGCAGUUUAUUAAACUUGCAUUGGAAAAUCCUGAAUUGACUCUCCACAAAAGUAUUCCAUUGGCCAACGGGGACUUGAAAAUGCAAGACUUCUUAAGCCAAAUUUGA